AUGCCAUGUUCCCAUGCAAUUGCGACGGCGUUGAAAGCUAACGUUAAGGUGGAGGGAUUAGUUGGUGAUCUGUACACUAUCAAUUAUCUGAAGGCAGCGUAUGCAGAACAUGUUUUACCGCCUGUUGAGUUGGGCAGCGGUCAUAGGUUGGCUGAUGAUGUUGCUUCAAUUACUCUCAACCCACCAGCUACGAGACGACCACCAGGGAGACCAAGAAAGAAGAGAUUCUUCUCGCGUGGAGAAGUUAAGAUGAAGAAGAUACCCAGAAGGUAUUGCAGCCGUUGCAAGGGGCUAGAGCAUAAUCGUGCAACAUGCAAGCAAGCAAUAUAA